AUGGGAUUUUUCGAAGAAUAUGAUGGUAUUAUUAAAGGCUGGCACGAGGAAGGUAUAAUUGAAAUAGCUCUGAAUAAUAGUGAUGCUAGUCACUAUUUAUCUCAUCAAGCAGUAAUCAAGGAUUCCAGUCUGACUACGAAAGUGCGACCUGUAUUCGAUGUAUCAUUGAAGGAUGAAAAUGGGAAUUCCUUGAAUGCUUGCCUUGAAAAGGAGCCGAAUUUAAUAGAAAUGCUUCCAAAACUUUUGCUACAAUUCCAGCAAUAUGCAAUUGAUGUUACUGCCGAUAUAAGGAAAGCUUUCUUGCAAAUCAAUUUGUGUGCCAGAGACAGAGACUUUUUGAAAUUCCUGUGGUGGAAAGAUUCAAAUAAAACCGAGAUUGUUACUUACAGACACUGUCAUCUCGUGUUCGGCAUUUCUUCGAGUCCAUACUUGUUGGGAGCAAUGAUUUCUUACCAUUUGGAUAAUGUUCCACAAGAUUUAAGAGGAACGGCACUUAGGUUGAAAAAAUCCUUUCAUGUCGACAAUUGUACAGCUAGUUUCGAAAUCGAAGAAGAAUUAGUCAAGUUCAAAGAAGAGUCCCAAACUUUAAAGUUUUCAGGAGGUUUUGACCUUAGAGGAUGGACUGCUGCACCAUUCAAAGAUAGAAGCAUGACUUCCUAUCAGAAGAUCAUUCCAAUUCUGGGACUCUCAUGGGACACCGAGAAUGAUGAAAUUUAUUGCAAUUUAACUCCUUUGACAUUUUCGGAGAGUGCCCACACGAAACGAUCUCUUCUGUCAGUCUCAUAG